UAUUCAAUACCAGAUCCAAAAGGCGGUCGUCAUGCCAAUAAUCUUAUUCUUCGCAAAGAUCAAAAAGAGUAUCAAAAUGCCUUAAAGAGUCUUCGUAAACAAAAAGAAGUGGAUAUAUUUGAUCCAGAUUAUAUUCCUAAACUUUCAUUGGAUCUGAUUCAACUUUUU